AUGAAUUUCUUGGAGCGCUUUAACUGUCAAGUCAUGGGGAACAAACUUUGGUUGGCGAGACAAAGAAAGAUAAGAAUCAAUGGCUUCAUUAUUGAUGCUUCGCAGAUGACGUUAGCAAACUGGAUUUUUCAGCAUUAUCCAGAAACUGCAACGAAUGUUAAACUGCAAAACCAUGAGCUUAGGACAACAUACAUGCACCUUCUCUUCGGCAUCAUCGAGACGCUUUAUCACACGCCGCUGCGUACUCUCUCCGAGGAUGAGUUGAGCAAAGCUACUAAGGAUGUGGCUGAUCUGACACAAGCCGGUUUUAAGCUGGAGUGGUUGGAGUCAAAGCUUGCCAAGAUUUCCUUGGAGAAGAAGACUUCUGAAGACCGGGUUGUGGAACUCAAGGAAGAGGUCAAGAAGCUUGUGCAGACCGUGUCUGAUCUCAAUCGUGAGAGGAAAAAGGAAAAGGCCAAGCUGAAGAAGAAACCAUGCUGGAUUGAAAUUAAGCUAAAAGAUUAG